AUGGGCCACUCAGAGGAGCGGUGCACCGGGGAGCGACGCAUCUAUUUAUGCAGCGCUAUGCGACCUAACACUGACCCGAUUAGGUUUGCGACGCAUAAACACAAGGAUAGCGAGUGCGAGCGGCACGAUAUCCACUCGCUACACCCGCUGCGAGCCGCACAUAAUCGACCCGGUUAUGGAGUUAUGCUAUUUAGAGUGGCAGCAGCAGGGGCGGCCGUGGUCCGUGAAGGGCGAGCAUUUUGCCGCUUCGCCGGGGACGAGCGGAUAAUUUUAAACAGCCAGGAAACCAUCGGAGCGAGUAUAUAG